GAAGCUCGCGCCAUUCCGCGGUGUGUCGUAUAGCCCGAAAAUCGUGCUGAAACUUUACUCUAAAACACACUGUUGACAUUUCCAUCUAUCUUGUUAUAAUAUAUCGCUUUAUUUUCAAGUGGACACAAAAAACUGCUGUAUAAAUAAUAUUAAAAUGGGCGAAGACUUUAACGGAGAUCGGGAGCGUCAGGAUCGAGACAAGGAGCGUGACAGAGAUCGUGAUAGGAGACACAAGUCCAGGAGCAGAGAGCGUAGGAAGCGUUCUCGAUCACGGUCCAAGGACAGAAGAGACAGGAAACGUAGCACUUCACCCAAGAAGAGUAGGAGUUCAAGACGCAGAAAACCUUCUCUAUAUUGGGAUGUACCACCACCUGGUUUUGAACACAUUACUCCAUUGCAGUACAAGGCUAUGCAGGCAGCUGGCCAAAUACCAGCUAAUAUUGUCGCAGAUACUCCACAGGCUGCAGUCCCGGUAGUCGGUAGCACGAUAACUCGUCAGGCUAGAAGACUCUAUGUUGGAAAUAUUCCAUUCGGCGUUACGGAGGAGGAGAUGAUGGAAUUUUUCAAUCAACAAAUGCAUUUAUCCGGUUUGGCUCAAGCAGCAGGAAAUCCAGUUCUAGCUUGCCAAAUAAAUCUAGACAAGAACUUUGCUUUUCUCGAGUUUCGUUCGAUAGACGAAACCACUCAAGCGAUGGCGUUCGAUGGUAUAAACUUCAAGGGGCAAAGUCUAAAGAUAAGGAGACCUCACGAUUAUCAACCAAUGCCAGGAAUGACCGACAAUCCAAGCAUGAACGUCCCUGGUACUGUUCCAGAUUCACCACACAAAAUCUUCAUCGGUGGAUUACCCAACUACUUGAACGAGGAACAGGUAAAGGAGUUGCUGAUGAGCUUUGGUCAAUUGAGAGCAUUCAAUCUCGUCAAGGAUUCGGCAACUGGCCUCUCAAAGGGUUACGCUUUCUGCGAAUACGUUGACGUGUCCAUGACCGAUCAGGCUAUUGCUGGUUUGAAUGGCAUGCAAUUGGGUGAUAAAAAACUUAUUGUCCAACGUGCCAGUGUUGGAGCGAAAAAUCCUAUGAUCGGAGCACAAGCACCGGUUCAAAUUCAAGUGCCUGGUUUAUCCAUGGUUGGAACCAGUGGACCAGCGACGGAGGUUCUCUGCCUCCUUAAUAUGGUGACGCCUGAGGAACUGAUGGAGGAAGAAGAAUACGAGGAUAUUCUUGAGGACAUCAAGGAAGAGUGUAACAAAUACGGAGUCGUAAGAUCCGUGGAAAUACCAAGACCAAUCGAGGGUGUAGAUGUGCCAGGAUGUGGCAAGGUUUUCGUCGAGUUCAACAGUGUGAUAGAUUGUCAGAAGGCGCAACAGACGUUAACAGGCAGAAAGUUCAAUAACCGUGUGGUCGUAACGUCCUAUUUCGAUCCCGAUAAGUACCAUCGACGAGAAUUUUAAGUUGAAAAUUGAACAAAAUGGGAGCCCGUUGUGAAUUUUUUCAUUGAUUAGUGAGACUGUUUUCUUGAAUCAACGGUCGAUUGACUUUACUGUAUAAUGUGUAUGAUCGAAUAAUUUUGAACCGAAAUGCCGACCCAGCUAAACGCCUCAACGUAAUUGGUCGUUCGAUAUUUUUGUACUCGAACAAACGCGAACAGUGUUUUUUCCACACCGGUGUUCUAACGAUAACUUCUUUUUCCCUUUCAGUAACGAAUAACGAAAUUUGAUUUUUUGUAUUUAAAUUGAAUUGUCUCCACGAUAACCGUCGCAUCAGGCUCUAGUUAGUGCUUCCGUAUUUUUUCCUCCGUACGAAAAAAAAGUAUUGCUAUUCGCGCUUGUUCGAGUUAUUCAGUGGAAAGUUAACAUGAACUGAACCAUGGUUCAUCAAGUGGAUUGAUAUUGCCGGCUAUAAAUGACCAUUAACAUUGUUCACUGGCGAGUAUAUAACGAAAACGAAUGAAUUGACGAUGGACAAAAAUGUAAGAAUAAUCAGGUUCUACGCUGUAAUGUGUUUGUACAAAAAAAAAUCAAUCUAAGGAAUGAUCUUCAAUCUUUAA